GUUCCCACAGCUGAUCAUGAAGAAAUCUGUAUGAAUGUGUAAUUUCCUUGAAUGCAUGUUAUUUGUAUUUAUUUUAUGGUUUUUUCUUUUGCUUGCACAUAUGUUUCUUAUAGUUUGCAGGGGGUAAGUCAGAGGCGUUGUAGUAAGGGAAAUAAUGCAGCAGUAAGCCAUAAAUAGCUUAGGGGUCGUGACUGAUCACAGAGUGUUAAUGGAAGACGCCAGGGAGAUCAGACAGGUCAGCUUAUUCACUCGGACGCUUUUUCCACUUCGGCAAACUCUCCUGUGCCGUUUGCUUAUAUUUCCAUGGAGGAAGCUGAAAACAGCAAGUUUAAGAAUGGAACCGACCUGAAGAAGGAGAUGACUAAAGAGGAAGUGCUGAAGGAGUCCUCAGGAGAAGACGCAGUCCUGGACCGGCCCGGUGUUCUUUACCACGCUCCUUCUUGCCCCGUUAUUCACCCAGUGUCAUCCGCACCCAUGCUCUCUGACUCUGACUUCUCUUUCUUCGACCCCAGUGAUCCUCAGUGCAGGGUGGUGCUAUUGGAUCCCUGUACCACAGUGCCUGAGCUGUUUGCCGUGCUCAGACAGUGGGUCCCUCAAGUGCAGAAGAACAUUGCGCUCAUCGGUAACGAGAUUCUAAAGCGAGGCUGUGGUGUCAAUGACAGAGAUGGUCUGACCGACAUGAGCCUGCUGCAUUACUGCUGCAAAGCUGGUGCACCAGGCAUAGGCGAUGCAGAGAGUGCAGCGAGUUUUGCCCGCAAGCUCUUAUCUCUAGGAGCGGACUCGUCUCUGCGCAGCCGCUGGACCAACAUGAGCGCCCUGCAUUACGCCGCCUACUUCGACGUUCCUCACCUCAUCCGUGUGGUGCUGCAGGCGUCGCAGCCUGGAGAAGUGGACGCCACCUGCAGUGAUUUUGACUUCGGCACGGCCCUGCACAUCGCCGCUGCCAACCUCUGCACUGCUGCAGUCCGCUGCCUGCUGGAGCUCGGAGCUAAUCCGGCAUUCAGGAAUGAUAAGGGACAGUGUCCUGUAGAUGUGGUGCCUGAACCUCUGGACAUGCCUCUUGAGAUGGCAGACGCUGCAGCACAGGCCAAAGAGCUCAGGACGUUGCUGAGGGAUGUUCUACCCCAACCUCUUACUCCUCGACCUAUGGUGCCUGGACAGUCCUUUGAUCUUCAUUCAGAGAAGGCCCGAGCUCAUCUCGCCAAUAUGGGCAUCCACGUCGGAGACAAGGUCGUCAUCGCUGGCCAGAAGGUGGGGACUCUGAGGUUCUGCGGCAGUACCGAGUUCGCUGGGGGGCUGUGGGCCGGCGUGGAGCUUCAGCAACCCGAGGGAAAGAACGACGGCUCCGUGGCCGGGGUUCACUACUUUACCUGCCAUAUGAAACAUGGAAUCUUCGCCCCUCUGUCCAAAAUCAGUAAAUUCUCUGAGCGCCGCAAACCCGCCCCUCGUCGCCCCGCCACUCCUCUCCGUCCUCCCCGCCACAUCGACCUCUCCCGGGUCAAGUCCAAAGUCGACACAGGCACACUGUCACAAAGCUGUUCCACAUCCUCCUCUUCUCUGGACUGCAGACAUACCCCUGUCCUCAACCUUCCGAUUCCUGCACCACGACAGAGACGUCCCCUUCGUCCUCGGCAGGAAUGGACCCCUCCAAACUCCAGAUCUACUCCUCUGCAGUCUUCACAGUUUGGCAUGGCACGCAGCAGGACCCCAUCAGCCAGCAGCUCAGUAUCAGAUGUUCCCGUUUUGCGAAUUGGAGAGCGGGUUCUCGUGAUCGGUCAGAGGUCAGGAGUUGUCCGGUACCAUGGCAAGACCAGCUUUGCCCCAGGAAUUUGGCUUGGGAUUGAGCUGGAUAAGCCCAGUGGGAAGAACGAUGGCUCUGUUGGAGGGGUGACGUAUUUCAGCUGUCCGCCCAAACACGGAGUAUUUGCUCCGCCUUCGCGAGUUCAGCGGAUCCAUGGCUCUGUGGACUGCCUGUCAGAACUGUCCUCCUCCCGAUACAAUCACACCUUCACCGGAAUGCGCCGUAGUUUGAGCACCACGUCAACCAUUGCCACACAGCGAGAGCCAAAUCGGAGGACUCAAGCUAACCGCAACAAUUUGUCCAGCACACGCCGACGUUGGAACUCUCUCAGUUGUGCCUCAGCCGUAGCCUCUCCUCGAGGUCCAGGCACUCUAGGUGGCACCAGCAGCACCUCCGGCAUGGGCAGUGCUGUCAAACUGCACCUGGGCAUGCAGGUCCUGCUUAGCAGUGCCAAUGAAAUGUGCACCAUCCGCUACGUUGGCGCUGCUGACUUCGCACCGGGCCUCUGGCUGGGCCUGGAGCUGCGCAGCCCAAAGGGGAAGAAUGAUGGUUCGGUUGGCUCAAGGCGCUAUUUCAGCUGUCGGCCUCUCCAUGGUGUCCUGGUGCGCCCGAGCAGGGUCACUUAUCGCGGUAUUAACGGAGCCAAGCUGGUGGACGAAAACAGCUGAGACCACAAGCUAUUAUCUUUUUUUUUCACCUGUCUCUCAGCUCUUUUUUUUCUUUUCUUUUCUAGUAAAUAAGCAGCUGGAUGGAUGGAGAGACAAUAUGCUGCCAGUGGGUGAGAUGAAGCACUUUGAAAGCACAAAGGACAGGGUUAUUAGUCAGCAAUUCAGCCUGUGUAAUGAGAUUUAUUGUGUGUUGUUUGGGUCCUGGAUGAAGUUUACUAGAAGAAACGAGUUCGGUCAUUUGUAUUCUUCCUAGUGAACGUUCACCUUGCAAGUGAGAUCAUUUAUUUAAAUUAUAUUUAAUUAAAUUAUUAUUAAGUCCAAUUUAGUUUUAGUUUUUUUGUUUGUUUUCUGAGAGCAAAAUACUUUUAUUUGUAUUGUUGGAGGAAUAGCUGAACGGUAGCAAUUUGUAAGCACUUUAAAGAAAAAUCCUGCGUAUUACGACAAUGACUUUCAUCAGGCUUGUGGUGUAAUAAACUAGAAAUAUGUUCAAAACAUGUUAAUAAGCAUUCAUAAGGUUUCCUAUAAAGUGCAUCACAUUUUCAUAAAAAAAAUUGUCUUUACCAUGAAUCAUACAUUGUUAACUUGUUGAAUUACAUGAUGAAACAGUGUUCAUAUUAUAUCAUAUAAUAUUCAUAUGAUAACACUUUUACCAAGCACACUUAAACUAGGGCAGAUUUUUUUUUUCCAGUGCUAUAACCUGUUUCAAUGCAUUUAUAAGCAAAUUUUGUCUUACAAAUGCCUUUUGAAUGCAUUAUAAAAAUAAAUUCAUGUAUUCAAGGUCAUUAUACAUAAGCGUUUCAUAGAAAGCUGUUCAAUGUUUGCCGUUUAAUUUUUUUUUCUUCUGAUAUAUGAUAACGAGGCAAAAAUCUCUGCAUGACAAUUGCACUAUAAUUGUGUUACUACUGAACUCCCACACUUUCCUUGUCCCUUCCAAGGGUCAUUUUUAAACAGUUGCUGAAUAUCCACUUAUGUUUAGUGUUGCUAUUUUUAAUCUGACUAUGUUCAUUUUGUUCAAAAAAAGAGAAGAAAAAAACAAAACAACAUAUUUGGAGCUUUUCUUUCAAAGCCUUGUUUUAACUUGUCUAGUCAUAGCCAUUGAACUCACAUUUAUCAUUUGCUCUCCUGAUUUCCUUCUGAAUGCAUCUUCAAAAAAUAAAUGUUCCAGAAGAAUGA